AUGACACUAAGUCCUGUGUUGUUAAAUAAUUUAUUUCUUUUUAUUUUAUAUAAAAUAUUAAAGUUUGCACACCUGUCCACUGUUUGUGUUGAAGUCUUCCCCGUCCACACUCUCUCAGUGCGAGCGCUCCCCUCGUGGUCCCUUCCAGUCGGGACCUCUCCACAGCAGCCCCCUUCAGACCCCACCGUGUCCUCUCCAGUGUCGAGUCCCUGCAGCGCCACAGCCUCUCCCAUUGGCCGACCACCCUCCUAUCACAACGGACACCACAGACUGCCGCCGGCUCCACACAAAAGCCCCUUUCACAGUCCAGCACAAAGCUCCCCCCAACCCCCCAAAUACCCGGAGAGCGGCGGUGGCACCAUCCGACCCGUACGCGCCGCACCUCCGCCCCCGAAGCAGCAUCCUCGCGGGCAGGUGAAGCGGCGAGAGGAGGUUGAGAUCACACUGGUGUGAAGGCGGCACCCCCUCGAGCAGGGACUCGUAAAAACACUCCCAAAGGAAACCCAAGGAAACUUAAAAACUCCUGAAGACGCCUGGAGACGGAAGAAGCCCCCCCACUCGGAGAAGGAACACCGCUGCGCCUUUUUCUUUUAACUUCCCGUUCAGUGUUCUCGUUUCUCAACACUACUUUACCCAGAGUUUGUACAAGGCUUCAUUCUCACCCCCGAACAGUUAAUAAGGUGAUAACGAGCAAAAGAAGUUGAUAGAAAAGUUAACAUCAUUUUAUCCGUUAGUAAAAAUCAGUGUGUUUGGACUCGCUGGCUGAUAUUUUAGGGAGUCGAGCUCAUUCGUUCCCUUGCAGAGAGCUCAGUGUGGUAUCAUUCAUCAGUUCGAGCAGCCAGUUUGGUUCUAAAGAACAUGCAGCUGACUGAAUGAGGCGUUUCAUGAUAUUUAACGCACCGACAGCAUAAAACUGAGCCGUUAGCUGAUGAGCAGACCCUGGAUUUUCUGUUGUUUGAGACUCGGUCAAAGCAGCGUUUCAUGUUAAAGUAAAACAUGUUAGACUGGACUGACCUUGACCUUUGAGAGGUCAAACUGAAGGAAGUGUUUGUGUUUUACCUUUUCUGUUUAUGAACAAAGACACGAGUCUGCAGAACAUAUCGUCGAUCAGGCCUCUGUUCCCUAGAUUUAGACACAUUUCACACCCCUUCAGUGAGUCUUGAUAAUUUCAGCUGUGUUCUGAAAUGAGAAACUGAACCCUUGAACACAUCAGGGAACUGUUCACAGAGGUCCCAGAGACCUCUAUAGGACCAGAAGUCUUUUACAGACGCAGGGGUCGCCCCCUGGUGGCCUGUAAAUAGAGUACAGUUUUUUUUUUGUUGCUUCACUUUUCCAACCUGGCAGCUGUGUCAAUGUUCUGAUGUCUGUGGUCCUUUUUGGCAGUGACGUCAUUCCCGAGUUUGUGCAUUCCAGCAGGAAAGUCAGAAAAGCAAAGUAAGAUGGGAUUUAUUUUAGCUGCAGCACGUUCAUUGAUAGAAUGUGGUAAGUGCUUAGCGUGUGGCUUAUAUCAUGAGUCACAAAUACAGGUGAGUGACAGAGCAGAUUAUGUUUAUGUUCUCUGUCACCAUCUUGGAUUGUUGAGGCUGCCUGCUCUGACUUUCCAAAAAGGAAAUACUAGUUGAGGGGGAGUUCCAGAUGAAAAUUACUACUGGGAGCUCAGGAAUUCCGACUUCCGACUCAAUCUGGAAUGCACCGUAAGCCAAGGGCCAACAAGACAACAGCAGAUAUUUUGACGUCGCCCCCUGGUGACAGGACAAGGUUACAGCACCAUUGUACAACCACACCGCUGCCUUCAGUGACCUUGCUUUUUAGGUGUAACCACUUUUCUGUAUCUCUGUUGACACUUAAUCGCAAAAAAAAAUGUUGUUUGAAGUCAAAAUACAAAGAAAUUGUGAGCAGUAAUCGGCAAAAAUAGUCUGAUAAUCGCUAAUUACAUCAUCACCAAACCAUAAAUCAAUUUUCUGUUUUCACCUGAGCGAUCUUUAGGCUGCCCGUGCUCCACACGGGUAUUGCACAUGUUUUCACUUCUUUUUUAGCUUCAUUAGUCGAUUAUGUUUAAGAUAAACUGCCUCCUGGCUCCGGUUUCACAUUAAAGUCUCUGCAAGAAAACAGAUAAGUUCUUCCUUCAGCUCGUCGGAAAACAUCACUUCUAACUGAUCGUGUUAUGGAUGCCUUAGCUGCAGAAUUUCUCCUCGUUCAUGGGUUGAUGUUUUGGUCAACAUUUCCUGUUUUAUGUUUGUUUACCAGCCGUAUUGGUAUCAAUACUUCCUGUUAUUUAGCCGUAAAUAGCCAUUGUAGUGUCUUUGAUUGAGAUAUGACUUAUCGAUCGUAUUGAUAGUUUACGGAGAGCUUAGAGAUGGAUAUCUGUGCAAGUAAUGGCACAGCUUUUUUCCCCUUUUUUGUUUUUAGAAUUAGGAUUUUAAGAAAACAAAAACAAUUAAACUGUAGCUGAAUCUGAUCAGAGGAAAAGAGGUAUCCGUCAGCCGUGACGCUGCGUUCUCGUUGAUCUCCUUGAGAUCUGAAUGACAUCAAACUUAUUUUUGAAGUUUGCAUUUACCCUGUUGUAUUAAAAGAAUAACUAAAGUUUCUUUUCCAUUAGAGAAUGUUUUGUUAACCUGUUUACUGGUCUUGAUUAUGCAUCAAGUCAGAAUCUGAAAUUCAUUUUUUUUAAAAAGGACGUAAAACUCCCACGUUUUACAGCGUCGGCUAUGCGGAGGCUGCCAGGCGUCGUAUUUACACACCCAUGGAUGUUUAACUGUAUUUAUUGUGUACAAAUAAAUGUGAAAUAAAGAUAGCUUAAAUGGAA